AUGUCUUCGUUUAUGGGGCCUCAUAUGACCCUGCCCCACACAGCUGCCCAAGGUGCAUUAGAGACUGCAGCACUCCUGGUGGACAAGCAUCUAGUUGCUGAUUCCAAUUAUCUUGAUCUCUCUGAACUACUUAAAGUUCCUUCACACUCCCAGCCCAGUACAAGUGGUCAGCAAGACUUUGAUUAUCCCCAGUUAGCUGACCCAAGACUUGAACUAGGCUCUGUACCGGAACUUACCAACUUAAAAAAGGUACCUCUGCCCCCAGAGCUGGUUGAGCAGUAUGGACACAUGCAGUGCAAUUGUCGUAUGGGCUUGUUCCCAGAGAUCAGCAGAGCAUGGUUGACCAUUGACAGUGACAUUUUUGUAUGGAAUUAUGAGGAUGGGCAAGACCUUGCUUACUUUGAUGGCCUCAAUGAGACUAUACUCUCUGCAGGACUGGUCAAACCAAAACCUGGUAUAUUUCAGCCCCAUAUUCUCUACCUUUUAUGCCUGUGUACCCCUGUGGAUAUAGUGUUACUGGGAGUGAGCUUCACAAAACCCUUUGAAUCAAAGACAGCAGAUCCUGGAAAUGGUGAGAUGCAUCUUCUCCCCGACCCCUUAUUCUCCAUCCCAACAGACAACACGCAUAUCGUCAGUAUACAGGGCGCUGCUUCAGGACGUAUAUUCAUGGCGGGGAAAGAUGGCUGUCUCUAUGAGUUGUACUAUCAAGCAGAUGAUGGUUGGUUCAGUAAGAAGUGCCGUAAAAUCAACCAUUCAAAGGGAGCAUUGUCUUACAUUAUACCACAGUUCCUCAAUUUCUCUUUUUCUGAUGAGGAUCCUGUUGUACAGAUUAGUGUGGAUAACUCAAGGAACAUUCUUUAUACAAGAUCAGAAAAAGGCACAAUUAUGCUUUAUGACCUUGGUGCUGAUGGCAAGGGGAUGAACAGAGUAGCUGGUCUUGCCCAGAAUUCAAUCAGCCAUCUUGCUGCACUGACUGCACGUACAGAUAGAUCUAACUUUAAACAGAUUGUACAUAUUGCUGCACUGUCUCAGUCUGAGUCUAGAAAUAUUCAUCUUGUUGCAGUCACUCAAACAGGUGUUCGUCUAUAUUUUACAACCAAUCCAUUUGGUCAAGGUAACAAUCGGCCAUACAUGCUCCAAAUGGUGCAUGUUCGCCAUCCUCCAGGAUUCUCUGCUAGUGGCGCCCCCAUGAGACCAAGCAAUGUGCACAUGGCGCAUUAUGAUAGAGGUAUGUUGGUCCUUGCAUGUGCACAGAAUGAAGAAGGCAAUGUGAGGGAUGUAGUAUGGGGCAUCAGUGCAGACUCUUUCCCAUUUCAACAACAACUUAUGGAAACUAGUACAACCUUACCAAUAGAGAGCCACACAUGGGCUGUUACAGAGUCUGUAAUACCCCAGGUACAUGAGAGACUUGAUCCUGGACAGAGCCCUAGUCCUAAGGCAGAGCCACCUUUAGUUGUUACUCAACAUAUGGAAACUAUGAGGAGAAUUGUCUUACUCAGCUCACAAGGAAGUCAUCUUGUUACAAAGUUGCGUCCUGUAGACCAAUUACGUGAGAUUCUCAUCAAGAGUCGAGGACCUGACACAGAGGAGGUUCGGGCCUUCUUUCAGCUACAUAAGGAGGCCCAGGCUUGUGCCACAUGUCUUAUCCUUGCAUGCUCCAAGGCAGCAGUUGACCAGGAGAUUGCAGAAUGGGCAACAAGGGCUUUCUUCCUUUAUGGUGGGGAACCCAUAUACAACAUGGGAACUUCAGGACCCAUGCAGGCCAGCACUUUAGGCCCAGCUGGACUACAUAAUACAACCUUUGGUGCCACGCCCCACCCUGGGCACAUGCCCCAUGGUGGCAAAGUCUAUAGCCCCUCAGUGUCUACAUUUGCAACACCUGGACCAGGUGUGCCAAAUCAGAUGUCUACCCCAAACCCCAACUAUCUGCCCCCUCAACAACAGCAGCAGCAACAGCAACAACAGAACCAAACAUUCCCUCCCAAUGUUAACCUGUUUGGUCAAGAAGUCACCUACUCAGGCAAACACAAUGGAAUAUGUCAAUACCUUGCACGUAUAUUAAGGCCAAUUUGGGAACAUAAAAUUGUGCAAGAUUUUUCUGUCACAAAGCCGAGUGAGCAAUACACAGUGGUUGGUAGUACUCUCUCCGGGGAGGAGGUCAGCUGGUUCCUGGAGCAGUUGAUUGGUCUCAAAGACUUCAUACAGCUCAACUCUAAAUUCUCAUCACCCCUUGCAAUAGACAGCCUGUCCAUGUCAUAUUCUAGCACCACCCUACAGAGAAGUAUGCUAUCAGGGAGGGCAGACCAACAGAUGGAAGACCAGCUUAGACGGAGAUACCAGGCUGAGGCAACUGGUCAGGAGAAGUUCUCUCUUCAACAAAUCCAAGAUCUCAUAAUGAAAACAUGUGAAGUUCUUGGUCUCUGGAAGAUAUUAUGUGAGCAUCAGUUCCAUCUAUUAGCAGCUUCUCUAACUGAGGAUCAAAGGAAGCAGUUGAGGUCUAUGACAUUCAAGCAGAUGGUGGUCAGCGGUACUGAGAUAACUGCUGCUAUGAUCACAUGUCUGGUAAAUCGUUACCUUGGAGAUAACGCUACAACAGAUGCCAUCAGUAGUAGGCUGAGGGAAGUGGCGCCAUCUUUGUAUAGUGUGGAAGAUGCAACCUGCUCAAAGGCUCAUGAACUGGUGCAGUCGGCUAAGCUGUUGCAGAACAAAUAUGACAAAGACAAAGUUCUUAAGGAAUCUCUCCAGCUAUACAAAGAAGUUGCCCUUCAACUGGAUCUACAGGUUGUGUGCCAGCAGUAUGUCCAAAUACGUUACUAUGAUGCAAUAGUGGAUCUCUGUAUAACAGCUGCUAAUAAACGAGACCCACAGAAUUUAGCUUUGCAUUAUUAUCGCAAUGGGGAGCCACCCGAGGACACCCAAGGGAUGCAGGCAUUCAUCAUCAGGAGGGAGAGUUACAGAUUUAUCACUGAGUUAUUGGGUUACUUCCUGAAUACAAGCGCAGCCCAUCCAUACGCCUCCAAUGUUCCUGUCACCCCUGGGCCUCCCCCUCUACCUGACCCCAACAUGCUUUCUGCGGUAGAAGCUGAAAAGUUUACAGAGGAUGUUCUGAGGAUGAUUCUGAAGUCCACAGAUGAGAUGUUACAUGUGGCCCUGUAUGACUGGCUCAUCAAUAUGGAACUCUCUGAAAAACUACUUGAGAUCCAGUCUCCAUUCCUGGAGCCCUAUCUAAAGCGUGCUGCCACUAUUGAACAGGAUAACUUGGACACAUUAGAUCUUCUGUGGAAGUACUAUGAGAAGACCAAAGAUUAUGCUUCUGCUGCAAAGAUCCUUUCUAAACUUGCAGACAGACAAUGCAUAGAUAUCAACCUCCAACAGAGAUUAGAGUAUCUCUCUAGAGCAGCUAUGUCAGCCAAGAGUUCCACUCUAAGAACAACUUCAUCCACUCAGGGAGAAUUCCUGCAUGAACUUGAAGAAAAGAUGGAGGUAGCCAGGAUUCAGCUGCAGAUAUUUGAUGCUCUGUCAAGGAGAGGAGAUGCAAAUAAGAUACAAGAUACUUUAUCACGUCUUAAUUCAGAGCUCCUUGAUAUCACUACAUUGUAUGGGGAGUUUGCAGAUCCAUUUGACCUAUCAGAGAGUAAGCUAGCCAUCAUCCUGUGUGCUGGUCAUCAUGACCCGAGUCUAGUAGAUGCCCUCUGGCAAGAUAUCAUAGAAAAAGAGCUUGAACUGACUAUUGGUAGCCCAGUUAACACGAGGAUGGCAACAUUAGGGAGAAAGAUCAUCAGCCUAGGAAAGAUAUAUGCUGCUACAGAGAGAUAUUUUCCUGUCCCUUUCCUGGUGAAGUACCUUGAAAGAAAGAGUUGUGAGGGUGGCUUUGACCAGAAAUGGGUGUUCACGAUAAUGCAAGACGUAGGAAUCCCCCUUACAAAACUACAGGAGAUCUAUGAUAGGAUGUUCAAGUCAAAGGAUCCAUGCUGGCAGGCUGCCAAGAAGCCACUUCAUCUAAUGGGCGUGAUCUACCAUCUUCUGGCCUCCUUCACUGAGGCACCAGCUGUUGUCCCUUCAUAUGAAAGGAGACAGUUCACCACGAUAUGCCUGGACACUUUAGCCAGCUAUCUAGUAGAACUCCAUGCUAUGAGCAGCACAGACCCAACAGUGCGCAAAUACACUACAGAUUUCAAAGGACUCCAAGCAAAAUUAGAACGAUUAUUAUGAGAAUUUACCCAAAUCUGACUAUUAAAAGUAUUGUUUUAUAUUUUUGUAUAGGCCUAGAAGUCAAAUACAUGUGACUUCAACAAUAUUUGAUGCAAUCAUGUAUAACUGAAAUUCAGGAACUGACAAAGGUGCGUUUUAUAGUUGGCCUUCAUUCUCACAAAUGGAGCCAGAGCUAGCUCUUGGUGGGACCAGUAUACUGCUUUUUUUUUUUUUUUUAAUUUUUUUAUAUUUACUGCUUUAAGCAUGUUAAAUGGAUUAAAAGUUAAUUAUAAGGCCUGAAAAUCGAAGUAUUAAUUAAGCCUUGAAAUGAUAUGUUCGGAUAGGAAGGCUUUUAUCAUCAUAAUAAAAAAAUAAAUGAAGUAU